AUGAGCAAGGACAGAACGCCCUUGUUCUGUAGGGUGAAUGAUUUUAAGCCCCUACAGAAUGCCUCAGGAAGCAUCAAGGAUGAAAAGGAUGCCCAGGACUUGAUCUUAGAAAAAACCAAAGAAGUGGAGUCUUUACGAAAUUCCAGCUUGGUUAAAGGAGCAAGAAAAAUGCCAGGGGCAAUGGAGCGAUUUGAUAAACUGGAUAUGUCAGCUAUGCUUAAGUUGGAGCUGGCUUUCGACAGAGAGCGAAUUUCCAGAAAGAUCCUCCCAGAGGCUGCUCCAAGCACUCUAAACUGUAAAAUGAAAGCCAGAGAGAAGUACCAAUCUGACCUGUGGUUAGAAAUUGAACACCUGAAUAAGGGUUUAGUGCUACCAGACCCAAGUUCAUCUUCCUUGGCACGUUUUAAUACAACUACCUAUGCCGUGGCUCAGUGUGAAAUCACAGAUUCUGCUCACCUUCCAGUUCACACCCCAACGAUAAAGAGAAAGGAAUAUCAUAAUAGAAUCCUCUUUCCAACUCAGAUUCCAAAGAAAGCAGGGAUGAAAAAAGGAUGGCAGAGGGCAUUGGCUGUAGUGUGUGACUUCAAACUCUUCCUGUAUGAUAUGGAUGAAGAAGAAGACUCAACACCCAAUGUUGUAGUUAGUCAAGUGAUUGACAUGAGGGAUGGAGCGUUUUCUGUUAGUUCAGUCUGGCCCUCUGAUUUUAUUCCUGCAAGGAGAAAGGAAAUGCCUCGUAUGUUUAAGGUCACAGCUUCCCAGCUCUCAGCACCUAGUAAUAGAUAUUCAAUCCCAAUCUUAGCAGAUAGCGAGAAUGAGAAGAGUGAGUGGGUGAGCGUGCUGAGUGAAUUGCACAAAAUAUUGAGAAAAAGUCAUUCCGGAGACCGCUCAGUCUAUGUUCUGAAAGAGGCUUAUGACAACAAUCUACCCCUGAUCAAAACCACCCAGACAGCUGCAAUCAUAGAUCACAAAAGAAUCGCUCUGGGAAAUGAAGAAGGGUUAUUUGUUGUCCACGUUACCAUAGAUGAAAUUAUUCGCAUUGGCUACAUGAAGAAGAUUCACCAGAUUGAGCUUAUCCCCCAUGGCCAGAUGGUUGCAGUGAUCUCAGGACGAAGUCACCAUGUGCAGCUGUUUCCCAUGUCAGCUUUGGAUGGACGAAAGACUGAUAUUCACAAGCUGGCAGAAACCAAAGGGUGCCAGACCGUGACUUCUGGAACAGUGUGCCAAGGGGCCCAUACAUGCCUCUGUGUGGCUAGGAAAAGCCAAGUCUUCUGUUACAAGCUGUUUCAGAGCAAGAAAAUUUCUCACAGAAAAUUUAAAGAGCUCCAAAUCCCAACCAAUGUCCAGUGGAUGGGCAUCUUCAGCGAACAGCUCUGUGUAGGAUUCCAAUCAGGAUUCCUGAGAUACCCCUUGAGGAGAGAAAGAAUUCCAUACAGGAUGCUGCACUCCCAUGACCCUACACUGUCAUUUAUUGCACAUCAACCAGUGGAUGCUCUCUGUGCAAUUGAGAUCUCUAGUAUUGAGUAUCUGUUAUGUUUUAAGAGCAUUGGAAUUUACACUGACAGCAGGGGCCUCAGAUCUAGGCCAGCUGAACUGAUGUGGCCAGCAACUCCAAGUUAUUGCUAUUCGUUAAGUGAGAUGAGAGGAAGGCUCAUCUUUGGUCUAUCUUAUACUGAACCAAGGGCCAGCCAUGACCAAGCACCUCCACCUAAGGGAGCAGCACCCAUUUCGUCAGGACUUUCUGCCAGCUGAAUCUUCAGUCCUCUGCACCUUCCUAAACGCUACAGAAGAUGAACAUAUCUGAGGUCAGCUCUCUAUUCAUUUCCCACUUUGUGGUGUGAUGGAUUUAACUCUUGAUUUCAGAUUGCUCUCAGCCUGUUUUAUACAUUCUUUAUCAAUGUAAGUUAUUUUCCUUUUAUGAUUAGUUUGCUAAGAUUUUACUUGAGUCAGGAAUGUACACUCUUGAGUUAUAUUGAAUACCUUUUUGUAUGUAUUGUAGUAAAGGUAUAGCUUAUUUUCUUUAAUCUGCAAAUUUUCGAGGUAGCUGAAAUGGAUUUUAGAAUGGUAACUUACUCUUGAAUUCUUGUAUGGAUGCUACUUGCUAAUGGGUUCUAGUUUUUUGGUUUUGAUUUUACAUACUAAAUAGUGUGAUUUGUAAAUAAGCAUAUUUUUUUAUCUCUUUCUAUCUCUGUGCACUUUAAUUUCUUUUUCAGUCAGGCUGGGAUUUAAUGUGAAAGAAUUCAUUUAUUCACUGCUAAGUAUGAUGUUAGUCAUAUGCCUUAAAUAGCUUCUCAUUGUCAGAUCUUUUCUUUUCCUCCUAUUCCUAGUGCUAUAAAAUUAGUGUCAUUUCUUCCUUAAAAAUUCACUCUAGAAUUCACUACAGAAACAAUGUGGACCUGAAGUUUACUUUGUCAGAAUUUUUUUUUUUAAAUAACAAUUUUAUUGAGGUACAAUUCUUGUACCAAAAAUUCACCCUUUUAAUUUGUGCAGUGCAGUGCUUUUUUUAAACUAUGUUCACAGAGAUGUGGAAUUAUCACCACUAUUUAAUUUUAGAAUAAUUUCAUCACCCUCAAAAGAAACCCUGUACUCUUUAGUAGUCACUCUCCAUUCCUGCUCCCAAGCUCCUAGGAACUACUAAUCUACUCCGUGUCUUUAGAGAUUUGCUUAUUUUGGAGGUUUCCUAUAAAUGGAAUCACAAAAUAUGUACCCUUUGGUGAAUGGCUUCUUUCAUUUAGCAUGACCUUUUUAAGGUUCAUCACUGUUGUAAUACGCAUCAGUAAUCCAGUUCAGUUUCUGGCCAAGCUAAUAUUUAGUUGUAUGGAUAUAUCACAUUUUGUUUAUCAGUUUAUCAGUUGAUAGACAUUUGUUGUUUCUGUUUUGACUGUUAUGACUGUUUUGACUGUUAUGAGCAGUUGUGUAAACAUUUUUGUGUGUACCCAGUUUUCCAAUCUACUUUGUAUAUACUUAGAAUGGAAUUACUGGGCGAUAAGGUAACUGUUCAACAAAUUUAGAAACUGCCAGAACAAUUUUCCAAGGCAGUGGAACUAUUUUACCACCCCAUCAGCAAUGAAUGAGGGUUACAGUUUUCCCACAACUACCAUUAGUCAUUGUUAUUGUCUGUCUUUUUUUUAAAAGCCCUCCUGGUGAAUGUGAAGUGGGAUUUUAUUAUGGUCAUGAUUUGCAUCUCCCUAAUG